AUGGCAGAAGCUGCUGUGGAAACGUCGGCGGCGCCGGCGGCCACUUCAUCCGUGGGUAUCAUCAAUCCACCGCCGGAGAUUCGAAACAUUGUGAACAAAACCGCUGGUUUCGUUGCCAAGAAUGGCUGGGACUUUGCGGACCGCAUCCGCAAGGAGAAGGCCGGCGAGGUCAAGUUCAACUUUCUGCAGCCGGACAACCCUUAUCAUGCCUACUUUGUGCACAUGGUUGAAGAAGUUCGCUCAGGCCGCAACAACGAACUCGGCAACAUCAACCUUGAUCAGGUCACUCUGGAUGAUGAGAUGGAGGAGGAUGCCAAAACCGUCAAGCCCCCGCCCGAGGCCGAAUUCAUGGACGACCCUCCAACCCUUUCAGCUCAGGACUUGGAUGUGAUCAAGCUGACAGCACAAUACGUGGCACGAAACGGCACUGAAUUUCUUCAAACCUUGAUGCAGAAGGAAGCCCGCAACUUUCAGUUUGAUUUCCUCAAGCCCACGCAUCUCCUCUUCAACUACUUUACUAAAUUGACGGAACAGUACCGCAAGAUCCUUUUGCCCCGUGAUGACAUGCUCGAGAAGCUGCGCCGCGUGGCCAAGGACCCACUCUCGCUUGUGCCAGAGGUGGAGCAGAUGUCGCUGUACAAAAAGCAAACGGCCGAGGAUCGCCAGCGACGGGCCGAAGAGCAGGAGCGCGAGAAACGCGAGUUCAACAGCAUCGACUGGCACGAUUUUGUGGUCGUGGCCACGAUUGAAUUUGGCCCCGACGACAAGGAUUUGCCACCCCCCGUGACGGCGGAAAGCUUGGGCAUCCGCAUGGUUCAAUUGGACCAGCUGGCACGCGAGGGCUACUCGUCACGCACUCGCCCCACAGAAGCUGAGGAGGCCCCCGCCAAGGACGAGGCAGCGCAGGAGGAUAGUGAUGUUGAGAUGGAGGUCGACGAUGACAUGGACAUGGAUGAUGAUACAACUCCCGCCACAGUGCCGGGGGGGCCAAUCGUGGCAUCGGCCAACAAGCCUGGGACAAUGCCUGCUCAAAUGGCCACCUCCGAAGAGCCCGUCAAGAUUCGCGAAUACGAUCCAAAGGCCAAGAAACCCGUCCAGAAAAGAAACGCUGCCGGCGAGCUGCUGCUGGAGUCACCUAUCACGGGCGAGCUGAUCCCCGAGUCACAGAUGGCCGAGCACAUGCGCGUCAACCUGCUUGAUCCCAAAUGGCGGGAAGACAAGGCGCGCCAAGAGGAAGAGGCUCGCAAGCGCCAGGAGAUGCACCAACUGCAAGGUUCGGGGACCAUGCAACACCUCAAGGGGAUUGCAGCCAAACGUACGGAUAUCUUCGGUGCUGGUGAUGUUGAGACCGAGAUUGGUCGCCAGGUCGGUGCCGAGCGCGAGCGUCCGGAUCCAAACCACCCCACCUGGGAUGGCACACCCGUGCUCAAGGGCAAGGACGAGGUUGCUCGCUCACAGGCGCGUGCCCUGGCUGAGCAAUCCAAGGCGGCUGCCGCUGCAACUUCGGGCACUGGGGAAACUCAGCCCCUGAACAUUCCUCCAAACAUGCAGCCCACCAACUACCCACCCAACAUGCAGCCUCCGAGCCAGCCCGCACCCACCCCCAUGGCUGCACCGCCACUUGCCCGCCCGCCUCCUUUGCCGUCGUCCACGGCCCCCGCAAUGGCCGUGCCACCCCCAACAUCUGCACCGGCCCCCGCCCCUCGUCCGGCCUAUCCACCGCCACCUACCUCUUCGACAGCACCCCCCAACCUCGUUGGAGGUCUGAAUCUGCCACCCGCCACAGGAGGCGCUCCACGCGGGAUGUAUCCCCCUCCUUCUUCGGGUGCUGGCACAGCUGCGGCGCCCGCACCUGCGCCCGCGCCCGGACCAACGCCUACGCCAACUCCAGCGGCGCCUGCUCCAGCUGCGCCUGUGACGGAGGAGCCUCAGCCAGCGGCCGAGGUAACCUCCGAGCCGCCUGCCAAGAAAACAAAGGCUGAUACAGUUCUUUCGACCUUGGUACCAGAGGAAGAGUUUUUGCAGACACAUUCAGGAAACGUUACCGUCACGGUCCAAGCCGAUGAUGAGGCAGCCGAAGGACGUUCCUUUUCGGUCACCCUGCCGUAUACGGCUACGGUCGGCGAUCUGAAGAGCGAGCUUCAGACCAUGUCUGGCUUGGCCAAGAACAAGCAGAAGCUCACCCUCAUGGGUAUGGCAUUUGGUAAUAGCAACACCCUGGCUUUCUAUAAUCUCGAGUCGGAUAGUCCUGUUCAGCUGACCCUGAAGACGCGCGGUGGUCGCAAGUAA